GCCAUCUUCUCCAGUUCCGGUGCGAGGUUUUCUUCAAUUGAACUUAUUACACAGUAUACCCCAUGUCACGUGCUGCAUCCAUGGCUUUCGCUGCAGGAAGUGACCACCCGCUGCAUGCACAAGCUUGGCGCAGGGUAUAUCUGCCCUCUCCCGAGGUCGUACUCCGUACAGAGAGCCCCUCAUCAGACACAUACGACACAUAUAUACAGAGCUUGCUUCUCACACCGAGAUCCCCACUCGUGACACCCCAAUUCGCAACUUCUCCCAUUGUAGCGAAAUCCUCUUUUCAGCCAACCAAGGUCUUCAUCGCGGCCAUUUUUCUUUAGCGCAUACGACCAAAUCCUAGAUCCAGAAAGAAGGCAGGCUCGUUAACAUUAUGGUUGGAGCAAGCUGUCUCUGCGGCGCCGUCCGCAUCCAAUUUUCAGACGAAGUAUUGGCCAAAGUCCUAUGCCACUGCCUCGACUGCCGCAAAAUCAGCGGCUCGACCUACAGCACCAACAUCCUCGUCCCGGGCACCAACUUCUCCAUCGCCAGCGGCACCCCCAAACAGUUUACAAAAAAGGUCGAUAGCGGCAAGGAUUUCACGUCGUUCUUCUGCGGCGACUGCGGGUCGACGCUGUGGCGGGAGGGGGAGUCGUUUGGGGAUGGGAAGGUUAUUAAAGUGGGCACGGUUGAUGAUGUGGAUGCGCUGGGGAAGGCGAGGCCGGAGACGGAGCUGUUUGCGAGGUCGAGGGUGGAGUGGGUGAGGGAGGUUGAGGGGGCGGUGCAGAAGGAGACGAGUUAGGGAGGAGGCGAGGUUUGUGAGCACGAGAAUGGUGAAGCAGUAUAGGAGGUAUAGAUGUGAAACAACGGCUACGGUAGACUAGUAGCAGGUGGGCGGCCAAAAUUCAGAUUGAAACUGAAGCAAUACGUCUUGCACUGCGUACUUCAACCAACUAUAUACACAGCGUACUUGCUCUGCGUACUUGCUCUGCCUCCUUGCUGCAUACAUAUACUGCGUAUAUAUACUUCGUACUUAAACUGC